UCCUGCAGCCAUUUAAAGAAGGCACACCCUACAGCAACAAGUGGGAAUUACACUAUUGACUCAGAUGGCGAGGGAAAUCUGGAGCCAUUCUCAGUGUACUGUGACAUGACCAACAAGAGCGGAGUUGGUGUGACAGUCAUAAGUCACGACAGUGAGAGCAGGACUAUUGUGGAUGGGUAUGAAGAUCAUGGUAGUUACUCACGUGAUAUUAAUUACACAGGAGCAAGUCUAUCUCAGCUCGCCAGUCUCACCAAUGUCUCCUCACACUGCGAGCAGUUUAUCAAGUACGAGUGUCGCAAUGCAGUUUUUUGGUAUGAAGCCGAUCCAGAUGGAUGGUGGGUGUCACGUGAUUCUACUAAGAUGACCUACUGGGGUGGAGCAUCACCUGGAAGUGGCAAGUGUGCAUGCGGGAUGAACAACACAUGCGCAAAUCCCAACAAAGGCUGCAACUGUGAUUCGAAUGACGAUGUAUGGCGUGAAGACAGCGGUCUCCUCACUGACAAGACAAAGCUUCCAGUAAAACAGCUCAGGUUUGGUGAUACAGGUGGAAGUCAUGAGAAAGGCUACCACACUCUUGGAAAAUUCAAGUGUUAUGGCACAGCAUAAUCACUUGGGUAUCAUACAGACAAACUUAUCGGUUAAUGUCAUAACUUAUUGUUUUUUAGUGGAGUGUUAAAAGAAGUCUGUAAAUACAAGCAUCUGCAGCUUAGGGUCAAUUAAAAAAAAAAUCUUACCAGUGUAAUGUACGAGUUUUCAGACUCUAAAGCAAUACCUACACUGUACUCUUAGCAAAUGAUCGCUAAAAUACACUCAGGUUUCACCGUAGAAAACAUUGGAUUGUAUUUAUAACAGAAAAAAACAGUCAAAAUUAUUAGCACUCUAAUAAGCAGCAAAGCUACGGUGCUGUUGCAAUACGGUAUUGCAUAUUCAAUUAGCUGACGAUUGUUCAGAUCGUUUUCCCCAAUACGGACCAUUCUUUGUUGAUAUCCAAUUUGCUGUAGAUCGCGUUAAAAUUUAAUAUUCAUUUUGCAGUGUAACUUUGUAGUUAAAACCGUUAGGACCUUGACGCUGAAUAAACUUCGCUCGUCAAAAGUUGUCUUGUCAGGAUAUUUUCGCGAAUUUCUUCAUGCUGGAAGCGGAAAGUACAUGGGGAAAGAGGUACCAUGCACGAAAAAUUAGAUUUUCACAAAUUUUCUCAGGGCAAAUCAUAUGGUGCAAACGAAGAGGAAAUCAAAGGCAAAGACGGGUAAAUACUGCAUUUGCAUACCGGUCUAUUUUAACACGGGGUUGUAAAUUCGUGAGCGGCAUUUGCCAUCUUUACCCUCUAUUUAACCUUAGUUUGCACUUUUUGGCACCACAUUUGCACUAAAUAAAUUUGGCGUAAAUCAAAUAUUUCGUGCUGACAGCAAGUGCUUUGCUGCCUGAACAACGCCUAAGCUUGAGAGCAAAGUUAUACUGCCUUCGUUCGCUUAAUACACCUCUGAAGUCUAAAUCGAUUUUGCGUUUUGCUAUUUAUCGCUACAUGAAUUAGAAUAUGCCAUUGCUUUUAUGGAUUAUAAAGCUUUUUUCUUUACUUCCAUUUUAUAGAAAACUUGCGGUUAUAACUGUAUCGAUAGCCAGGGCCGGUAUGGUUUUGGGCGACUUGGCCCCGAUCAUGAUGUAUUUGUUGUGGCUCAAUAUUAUCCCUGGUUUAAAUUGUACUUCACCUUGGUUCCAAACUCAUUACCAUGCAUUACUAUACCCCAAAACAAAGGGAAAUAAAACUUAAACCAGGGAUAAAACUGAAUCACAGCGUAUACAUACGAUUGCACGAAUCUCGUUGUUAAAUUACUACACCAUAAUCACAACCGUUAAGGUUUGUGUAAUACAGGAAAACCUGCAGUGAGGGGACCGGCCCCUGUGACCAGACUUGCAUGGUCUGUAUAUGGCAUGGAAAAUCACUGUUGACGGAGUAUCUGCUUUGAUGGGAGAUGUCCGUUAUUGAAAGUUCGAAGGUGCACUCUUGUCUUUAAGAUAAGAAUGUAUUUUUCAGUGUAUUCCCAUACCCAGGCAUGUAACGUUAGGCACUGAUGACUCCAUACAAUUCCUUGUACGAUCUAAACAAAUAUUAGAAGCUUUUAUUGGAGUAAUCAGAGCGUAAUAGUACCACUGAAUAAAACGAUUUCUUGCAUAAAUCAGCUGUAUUUACGAAACAUAAACAUGAUGAAGAAACUACAAGAAUUUACAAUGCAAGCGAAAAAACACAUGUCCAAAAAAACUAAAGGGGGGUCCGAGCCCCUGAAGACUAACUUAGGGCCUAGUUCUCACGCGUCCGAACAAUCUAACAGAACAUAAAAUUUCAGUUCCGAACAACCACAAUUUCAACACCAAUUCGCACUAGCACGAUGAUUUUUUUGGGCAGUUGUGCUUUUACCGAUUUCUAUUUGACCCAAUCCCAGAGUUACGUAACUUUUUUUGUAACGUCACAACUUCUUUGCUAUUUAGGGGACAUCAAUGUUUACAAACGUUGUUUUUUUGUUACAAGACCCAAUGCGCUUCUGGUUGGCACUUAUUUAGGUCACGUCAACGUGAGUAUCGCUAUUGAAUUAUCAUAGCCUUUGUAUAGAAGGUAGUUUCGUUUGGCCAGGGCGCAAAUGAGCAGCCGAAGCCGCGAAAACACACCCACAAUCGCGACUUCACUGCUCGCUUGACCUCCCCUUCGUUCCGCUCCACCACUAUUAAAAUCUCCAGGUACGCGGGGCUAGGACUGGCACAUUGCGCUUUAUCGUAUAGCAUUUGCCAUCUUUUUUCGUCCCCACCCUGGGGCAUUUGAAGCUCAAGAAUCCUCACCCCCGGGAAUUUGCCAUCCGAGACAGAAAAAAAAUGCAAAUGCCCGGGGGAAAAUAGAUGGCGCGAAAAGAAGUUGACAUUGCUCCUGCGAGGCUAUGCCUGUGAUCCGCGGACAGUUUGCAAUUCAUAUUCAAUUCAGUUCUUGAAGAGCAGUUUUUAUUUUUUGUACCUACUUUUGUUUGUAGGUAGGAAGGUAGAACUGAAUGUGUAGGGAUUUCAAAUCACCUGGGGUAGGGACGGGAUGUGUCGUCGACGCUGAUUUGUUGAAUAAAGAUGGAAGCAAGGUUCCAGGAACUCUAAACUUUGUCAUUUUAUUUUAUCAGGAUUAAAGACUCCUCAUAAUAUACAAUUGCUCAAUUUUUUUGGUGAAUUCCAUACCUGGGUUCGGUUUAGUCUGGAAGAAGAAACUGUUUGAAGCGAACAUGACGAGAAGCAGGGAGGAAGUAUUCAGUUAUAACACCAUCACUAAGUUGGAGAUCGGACGAAAAUUCGAAAAUUGUUCAUGGUCAGCAUCGUGUUUUUUCAAAGCAGGAACCAGCUCAGCCACCUUAAGUGUCUCAGGCAUCGUGCCAGUCGAAAGUGAUAGGUUCACAAUGUUGGUUAUAGUAGGCAACAGCGUGUUAAGACAGUUCUUCAUCAGUGAGGCCGGCAGGGGAUCUAAGUUACAUGAUUUCUUCGCUGACUUGCAGGCGUACUCCUUAACAGUGUCUUGACUAAGCACAGCAAAGUCCGACAAUUCAACCUGGCAUCUAGUAGACUCACUCGAAGAAAGGUCAGGAUCCGCGGUUCUCUUUUCAUGAAGAUCAGCAUGUAUCUUGUCAAUUUUCUGAGCGAAAAAAUCCGCAAUAGCGUUCGCGAGGGAACAACGGGACUUUUGCAGCAACUUAUUUACAGUGUUAAAGAGAACCUUCUGAUUACCAGAAUUUUCACUAAUUAUCUCUCUGUAAUAGGUGGUUUUCAAGUUGCAUAUUAAGUUAUUGACAACAUAACACUGAUGCACAUAGCGUUCACGGUCAGAUUGCAUUUUGGAUUUCCGCCAUUUCCUUUCCAGUCUACGUCUUUUGUUUUUCUCAUCUGCAACCUCUUGAGUGUACCAUGGGGCCGAUGGACGUACAGUAACCUGCUGCUUUAUCUGGGGGGCGUGCUUGUCUAGUAUCGACAGGAGCGUACGGUCAUAUUGUUCAACUAGAGUGUUUAAAUGCGAGUAGCUGUUUUGCAGGAGAUCAGAGUCGCGUCGGUCCUCACAAAAGGAGUCGAUGUCAAUGGACCGUAACUUGCGGAAUUUCACCACCUUCUUCCCAAAACGCGGUUUCUGGAGAUGCAAUUCACAGUGAACCGCAAAAUGAUCAGCAAUGCAUGGAUCUCUAACCUUUACACGUCGCACCAGAUUGUCAUCCAGCCCCACCACAGAUCUAGUUAUGAUGAGGUCAAGUGUAUGGCCCUUAUUAUGGGUCGGACCCUUAACAUGCUGCUGAAGACCAAAGCCAUCCAACAUGUCAACAAACCGCUUUGCAUGCCUGUUGUUCAGAUCAUCAAUGUGGAAAUUGAAAUCUCCUGCAAUCAAUAAAUCCCCAGACCAUUCAGCAAGAAUGUGCUCCAGAAGUCGCGAGAACACCUCAUAAAAAAGUGCAUAAGCACUUUCAUCCGGCGGGCGAUAAAAGCAGAGAAUUUGCACAGCUUUGGCACCCUUGAGGGAAAUAUCCAUCAGCUCAAAUGAUUUGAAGGUCUCCCAAACAUUAGUAUUUACAGCAAGGGAAUCUUUAAGUAAGAAUCCAAUCCCACCUCCAAAAGUUUCAGUGAUACGAUGGACAUGCAAAAAAACCGAUAUCCACUCGGGCAGAGAGUACCCAACGCUAUGGCGUCAGCAUUUCCCGGCCUCAGCCAUGUCUCUGUUAUUAUUAAUUCAUCAAGAUCGUGCUCAACCGUAAAAUCUUUCACGAUCAGCCCUUUCUCUCGUAUAGAUCUGACAUUCAGUAAAGAAAGCUGAAAUGGAGCAGUGAGCGAAUGUAGCUGAGUCGGCCUUUGUUGUGUUAUUUGCACAGGAAUCCGUCUGCCGAUUUCAGGGCCAGGCGAAGGAUGGACAUCACCGCUUAGUUGAAUCGAUAGUUCCAAAUAAUUAAAGGUAGCGACGCAAUUUGGAUAGUAAAUGAUGUUACAACGGAACCACUUUCUCUUGAUUCUAAGCCGCAUUCUUUGCUGUCCAAUAAUAAGAAACAAAUCAGGGAUUCCAUUGUCAUUAUAGAAACAAGCACAGGCUCUCGGAAUUCCACAAGCGUAAUGGAGUUUAGCAAUGCAAAUUGACCCAAACCAGCCAAGCGAAGACGACACGAUGAUUGUAGAAAAACAUCCAGUUUUGAUGGAACCAUCAACCAAAUUGAGCAGAUAAACACGUCCCCUUGUUCCAGAACAACUUAGGUGAACACUACUCGUAUUGAUAGCAUUGUAGGUAUGAUACUUCGGAUACAAGAGACACAAAACUAGAGCAGCCAGAAAUGCGUGGCCGAACGCCAUGUCCCUAGGUAUAGUUUCAUAAUAAAAAUAAGGCCAUCACAUUUCUUUUGUUUUCCCUCCACCACCACCACCACCACCACCCACCGCCACCACAUUUUUAUUAUUUUCCCUCCACCACCACCACCACCACCACCGCCACCACAUUUCUAUUGUUUUCCCUCCUCCACCACCACCACCACCACCACCACCGCAUUUUUAUUGUUCUCCCUCCACCACCACCGCCACCACAUUUUUAUUGUUUUCCCUCCACCACCACCACCACCACCGCCACAUUUCUAUUGUUUUUCCUCCACCACCGCCACCUCAUUUCUAGAAGAAAUGUAUGUAAUCUCAGACUGGAGGGUUUUUUUGUGCCCGAAAUACAACCUGCGUAUUUAGAAGGGAUGUACGGAAUCUCGAACUGUGGUUACACUGGAUAAAGAUGAUGAUUCCAAUGUUGAGAGCUGUUGCGUGACUAGCGACGCGCGACACCCACGCGUGUGUUUGAGAAAAUAAAGACACGGCUACAAAUGGCCGGUUUGUCUUCUUUUGUCUCUUUUGGCCUGGUUUUGGUCUUCCAGGCCUGGUUAUGGCCUUUCUUGCAUGUGUUUGGCCUUUCUGACACUCUAUAUAACCUGACCAUUGCGAAAAAGAUGUCAUUUUUGUUCAUCCAUCGAACUGUCAACAUGGUUUACAAGAGAGUUUGCAGUCGCAAGAAACAAAGAAAGUCGAACUCUUGGCUUAGAGGUCAUAGGAAUAUUGUGUAGACACGGAAGGAUUAUUUAUUAUUCCUCGAAAUAGAACGGAAAAACGGAUUUGUAAUAGUCAGUCAAAGGAUUAAUUUUCAUUCCUUUUCCUUUCAAAUCGCUGUGUAUUUGACUCUUUUUUGUUAUUGGGUUUUAAUAAAGUUUCUAAAACGGUAUCUGUCUUGUGGGUUUAUUGCUGGCCAUUAUUAGUCGCGUGUUUUAAUUGAUCCUUGUUAAGUUAUUUAAAAUUGUUCAUAUAAUAAUACUUCAAGGUGCUUCCUUGGGUCUAGCUGUAGAGAUCAAAUAAUUUGUAUUCAACUUUGGGCUUGUUAACCCGCAUAAUUAACUGACUAACGCUAACGGCGCGUGAAUUGACAAGACCAUAAGCUCAUCAAGCGCUGAGUUUCCUCGAGAUAGAACGGAGAAAACGCUUUUGUAAUGGUGAGCCAAAAUUGAAAUGGAGAGUUUUCAGCUCCACUUUGUGUAUGUGUGUGUGUGUGUUUUGUUUGUAUAUCCGAUUUUUAGCGCUAAAUAAGAAGACAUGUGUUGCUAGGCGAUCGCACCGCUUAUUCCUAUCUUUUUUUAAUAGACGUUCCACUUAUUCGUUACUAGAAUGGAGUUUAUUCAAGAACCAAAAGAGUUAGGGUUUACUUUAGAAUCACCUGUUGUUUUCUAUAGAAUUUUUAUACCCUGUGCAAUACUUUCUACAGAGUCAGGUAAACAGAGAUUGACAUUUUUGCUUGAUAAGCAGUUUUUCGCUUCGCUGAGCUUCGACCUCGUUUUCAUGUUUUGCCCGAAAAAUUAGUACGAUUUCGCUUUCGCUUAACUUCCUUUUUCCUUUUUUUGAAGUGAAGACUUUUCAGGUAACCUCCGUGUCUUGGUUUUGUUUAUAACCGAUUUUUAGGGAAAAUAAUUUAAUGAUUAAAGAUUUUUCGUUUAGUAUAAUCUGCAAAGAUAACACGUUCAAAAUUUGCCCGCUUUUAUUUUGAACACAUAACAGUUUCUACAAUAUGCAAUCAGAAGACUAUAGCAAACAAUAUCUAAUCAGAAAACUAUAGCAAAUAGCUAAUUAUUUAAAAAUAACUUUUCUGUUUAUAGAUUAUGAUCUCAACAUUUUUUGAUGACGUCAACUCCAGGAAAUUCUGAUGUCAUUUGCUCCUUGCCAGCUACAAAUAAACUAUGACAUCAUCAAAUCUUAAUGGAAUGCAUGACGUCAUCGGCAUUAAUUUAUACCACUCAAAAACUUAAUUAAAUCCACAAAAACCGGAGUAACCGGUGCCUUAUCCACUACUCACAUGUUAACCGGCUACUUUAAUACAUUGUCAAAGGUCUCCAUAUUCUUCGCCCCAGUUUGCCAUUUUGAGAAAAUUAAUGGCAAAUUCAUCUCCAUCCGUCUGACAGUUUACAAUUUCUAUGCGGUGUACCGGGCAUAUUAAACAAUGAAGCUCCCGCAUGUUAUCAGUCUAAAAUUAAUUGGACACCUUCUCUCUGUAGUUGCGUUAUGGUUAUCAUGCAGCCAUUUAAAGAAGGGAAACCCUACAAUAGUAAGUGGAAAUUACAAUAUUGAUCCUGAUGGCGAGGGAGGUCUGGAGCCAUUCUCAGUGUACUGUGACAUGACCAACAAGAAUGGAGUUGGUGUGACAGUCAUAAGUCACGACAGUGAGAGCAGGACUAUUGUGGAUGGAUAUGAAGAUAAAGGUAGUUACUCACGUGAUAUUAAUUACACAGGAGCGAGUCUAUCUCAGCUGGCCGGUCUCACCAGUGUCUCCUUACACUGCGAACAGUUUAUCAAGUACGAAUGUCACCACUCAGUUUCUUGGCAUUACGCCAAUCCAUACAGAUGGUGGGUGUCACGUGAUUCUACUAAGAUGACCUCUUGGGGUGGAGCAUUGCCUGGAAGUGGCAAGUGUGCAUGCGGGAUGAAAAACACAUGUACAGCAAACGGGCGCUGUAACUGUGAUGCGAAUGACAAUGUAUGGCGUGAAGACAGUGGUCUCCUCACUGACAAGACAAAGCUUCCAGUAAAACAGCUCAGGUUUGGUGAUACAGGUGGAAGUAAAGAGAAAGGCUACCACACUCUUGGAAAAUUCAAGUGUUAUGGCACAGCAUAA